AUGACCAAACAUCUCCACCUCCACAAAAACACCAAAUUCUUGUCACUUUUCCAUACUAACAAAUCCGCCAUUUUCACCAAAGCUUCAAGCUUUACUACUUCUACUGCUACUCCAUGGAAUACCCAUUUGAGAAAUCUCUCAAAACAUGGUCAGUACAACGAAGCACUCAUUCUUUACCGUCAAAUGCUUCAGUCUGGAGCUACCCCAAAUGCCUUCACUUUCCCUUUUGUUCUCAAAUCUUCAGCUUCACUCUCCCUUCCCAUCACCGGAAAACAACUCCAUUGUCAUGUUAUCAAGUUGGGUUGUGAAUCUGAGCCUUUUGUUCAAACUGCAUUGAUAUCUAUGUACUGUAGAUGUAAGUUAACUGAAUUUGCACAGAAAGUGUUUGAUGAAAUGCCUCAAAGAAAUCUUACUGUUUGUUAUAAUGCUUUGAUUUCUGGGUAUGUUCAGAAUGGUAAUUUCUUGAAUGGGUUUUUGUUGUUUAGUGAAAUGAGGUUGAGAGGAGUGUUGUUUAAUGCGGUUACUGUUUUGGGAUUGGUUCCAGGUUGUACUGCUUCGCGGUAUCUGUGGUUGGGGAUGUCGUUGCAUUGUUUGAAUGUUAAGUGUGGAUUGGUGAAUGAUUUGGCUAUUGCAAAUUGCUUGUUGACAAUGUAUGUGCGUUGUGCGUCUAUGGAGUUAGCGAGGAAGUUGUUUGAUCAUAUACCAGAAAAGGGGUUGAUCACUUGGAAUGCGAUGAUUUCUGGAUACGCGCAAAAUGGGUUGGCUGGUGAAGUGUUGGAGCUUUAUCAUGAGAUGGAAUUGUUGCAAGUGAAUCCUGAUGCAGUGACAUUUGUUGGAGUUUUGUCAGCUUGUGCUAAUCUUGGUGCUCAAAAGAUUGGUUUUGAGGUGGAAGAGAAAAUAAGGUCUAGUUGUAUGAGAUGGAAUGUAUUCUUGAAGAAUGCUCUAAUAAAUAUGUAUGCUAGAUGUGGUAAUUUGGCGAAAGCACGGAUUAUAUUUGAUGAGAUGCCAGAGAAAAGCUUGGUCUCCUGGACAGCAAUAAUAGGUGGUUAUGGAAUACAUGGGCUUGGAAACAUUGCUGUGGAGCUUUUUGAUAAGAUGAUCGAGACUGGCAUUCAACCUGAUGGAACGGUGUUUGUUAGUGUUCUAAAUGCAUGUAGUCAUGCAGGGUUGACUGAAAGGGGGUUAAAUUAUCUUGAUCUGAUUAAGAGGGAGUAUGGGUUGAAGCCAUGCUCAGAGCACUACUCUUGUGUUGUGGAUCUAUUAGGUCGUGCUGGUCGACUUGAGGAAGCUCGGAAACUUAUUGAAUUGAUGGAAGAUGAGCCUGAUGGUGCUGUAUGGGGUGCCCUUUUGGGUGCUUGCAAGAUCCACAAAAAUGUUGAACUUGCAGAAUUAGCUUUUAACAAGGUUGUUGAGCUUGAGCCAACAAACGUAGGCUAUUACGUGCUACUUUCAAAUAUCUACACAGAGGCAAAUAGUUCAGAAGGUAUAUUAAGAGUUAGAUUGAUGAUGCGAGAACGAAAGCUCAAAAAGGAUCCAGGUUAUAGCUAUUUUGAGUGUAAAGGGAAAACUUACCUCUUCGUGGCUGGCGAUAGAAGUCAUCCUCAAACAAAAGAGAUAUACAAAUUGUUGAACAGAUUGGAGGAUACUGAAAGUGAGUAUGGAGGAGCAAACAGAAAUGGUCAAGAGGUAAUAAAUCACGAACCUCCUAAUAUUAUUGGCGUUCAUAGUGAACGUUUGGCAAUUGCAUUUGCUCUGUUGAACACUGAAAUAGGGGCUGACAUUCUUGUUAUAAAGAACUUAAGAAUAUGCAAUGAAUGUCACUCAUUUGUAAAGCGAAUCAGCAAAAUUGUUGAUCGGUUAUUCGUGGUCAGAGAUGCCACCCGUUUCCACCAUUUUAGAAAUGGUACAUGUUCUUGCAAUGAUUAUUGGUGACUGGUGAGACUGGACAAAUGAUAACAAGAACUUUGCAGUGAAGCUCAUUAUAAAGAUGGAAAACAGUCAUGUAUGCUCUCCGAAUCUUGAAGCCUGUGGCAACAUUGUGCAACUCUGUUUUCAUCGAGUCCUCGGGACCUAACUGAACACAACCUACACCCCAUGCAAGGGAUCAUAAUAUAUCGAUGGUUGAACCUCUUCCGAGUUGACCCAUGUGGUCCAUAUAAGAAAGAACAUGCAUUCACCAGAAGUUGAAAAGUUGAGUGACCAUGAG